AUGGGGAGUGACUUCUACUUCUGGGCCACGGUGCUGAUCACAUUUCUGGCAACGGUGGUCGGCGGGAAGGUGAGCAGAAUGAGGAAGAAGAACAACAACAACAAGAAGAAAGCAACCCCGCCGGGCCCAAAAAAGCUCCACGUCAUCGGGAACCUCCACCAGCUGAUGGCGAAGAGCCACCAGUCGAUGGGCCCGCACCGACGACUGGGGGAGCUGGCCCAGCAACACGGGCCCGUGAUGGCCCUCCAGCUGGGCCAGGUCCCCCACGUGGUCAUCUCAUCCGCUGCGGCGGCGGAGCAGGUGAUGAAGACGCACGACGCCGUCUUCGCCUCCAGGCCGUCCAGCCUGACGGGCCACAUCCUCUUCUAUGGCUCCAAGGACCUCUUCUUCUCGCCCUACGGCGACCACUGGCGGCAGAUGAGGAAGCUCUGCACCCUCGAGCUCCUCACCGCCAGGCGCGUCGCCUCCUUCCGCUCCAUCAGGGCGGAGGAGCUCUCCAGGCUUGUGUCCGCCCUCUCCGCCGCAGCCGCGGCGACGGCGGAGGGGCGGAUUGUGGAUCUCAAGACCAUGCUGCUCUCCCUGACCAACACCAUCACAUUCCGGUCAGCUUUCGGCAUGGCGUCCCCCAAGCUCACCGAGGAGUUCGUGUCGGUGGUUGACCGGAUUACGGGAGCCAUCGGAGGGUUCAAGCUCUCGGACCUCUUCCCUUCCGUCAAGUUUCUUCCUGUCGUCACUGGCCUGCAAUCCAGGCUAGCCGCCAUUCGUCGAGCAGUGGAUGGUGUGCUCGACGAAGUGAUUGGCCAGCACGUGGAAGCCAGACGACGACGACAGGAAGUCCGAUCGAGUAGCAGUGCUACCGAGGAGACAACGGAGGAUCUUGUGGAUGUUCUUCUCAACCUUCAACAGGAAGGUACCGGUGGUGGUGGUGGUGCUGCUGCUGAUUCUGUCCACCAAUACUUAACCAUGGACGCUAUCAAAGCUAUACUCCUGAAUAUGUUUCUGGGCGGCACCGAGUCGGCGGCAUUAACAGUUGAGUGGGUGAUGUCCCAGAUGAUGAAAAAUCCAAGUGUGAUGCAGAGAGCGCAAAAAGAAGUGAGAAGCGUCUUUCGCGACAAUGUCGACGAGGAACGACUCCAUCAAUUGGAGUACUUACACGCAGUUAUCAAAGAGACCUUCCGAUUGCAGCCACCCAGCCCGUUACUUUCCCCGAAACUGACCGGAGAGAACGUGGAGAUCGGCGGGUUCGAGGUCUCCACGAAGAGUCGAGUCCUCGUCAAUGUAUGGGCCAUAGGAAGAGAUCCUCAGUACUGGACCGAGCCGGAGAGAUUCUACCCGGAGAGAUUCCUCAACUCCCCGAUCGAUUACAAAGGGACGCAUUUCGGGCUAAUACCCUUUGCUGCUGGAAGGAGGAUGUGUCCUGGCAUUCAGUUUGGAAUGACCAUCGUUCAGUUUACGCUGGCGAAUCUGCUCUUUCAUUUUGACUGGAAGCUCCCACGCGGUGUGGAACCCGAAAGUCUAGACAUGACGGAGAUAUUCGACACAGCCCUAAGGAGGAAAGAAAAACUGUGUCUCGUUCCGGUGAUACCUGCUCGUGCUGCAAGCAAGUGA